CUAUCACAAGGUCUUGCUGAACUGACAUAUUGCGGGGCAGGCCGAUAGUAGACUCCGAUAGAGCACCGCCGGCGACGAUGAGUAGCACCUUGAUAUCGUGUUGAACAGAACAACAGUCAGCAUCCGCACCCCCACCAGGGACACGCAGCUCUCUCUCGACGUCUUCGCGUUUGAGAAUCGGGACCAAGUGCGUCCUUGUACGCUCGAAAAUGGCAAACAGCGGUCCCUCACCUAGUCAGCAUCCCAUGGGAGUUGACAGCCCGAUGCCUUCAAAGCCGAAAACCUUUGUACACAAGGGUUUCAGGAUUACAACCCAGAAGCUCCCCAUCUUAAAGGCUGGCCCUAUUGAUGACAUGACCAACAAGCUUGGAAUUGCCCCUCCAGAGAUGAUCUUCGGGGAUAAUUAUGUGGCCAUCGAGCAUGGCGCCAGUGGAUGGGGUAUUUCCUUCAACGCGUUUGAUGCAUUGGACAGAGUGGACAAAACUGGUGCGGCAAUGUUGAAGGUGGCGCACUCCAAGGAAUGGCAAAAGAGCAGAGAACACACUCACGAGGGAAUCAAGGAGGUCAUAAAACCCUUUGACUGGUCAUACAGCACUGAUUUUAAAGGAACACUGCAUUCUGGGGCCGCACCAUUCGCCCCUUCUAGCAAUCAGAUACCGAUUGAGCUUCUUAAACGACCCGACCCCAUCCGGUUCUAUGACGACGUCGUACUUUACGAAGACGAACUGGCAGACAAUGGCAUCUCCAUGUUGUCUUGCAAGAUUCGUGUCAUGGAGGAUCGCCUUUUAUUGCUAUCUCGUUUUUUCAUGCGAUUAGACAAUGUGGUCUUCAGGCUCAGAGACACCAGAAUGUAUGUGGACUUCAACAAGGCCGAAAUAAUACGGGAUUACCAGGCUAGAGAAAUGAAUUAUGAGGACGUGCGCCGGGCUCUGGCCAGUGUUCGCGAAGAUGUCCCUGCAGCAAUGAGGGAUCCAAAUAGACUGGCCCAGGUUCUCCCACUCGUCGAAAGCACUUUAGAACGCGUCUCGCUCGGUAAAUGACAAAGGAGAGAUACAAAUAUUUCGGCGAGAUUAACUUUCUCUAUGAUCUGGAGAAUUUACAUCUUUUAGAUGCGUAAAGCAGAAGCAAUUCGGAGUUGGAUGCUUUAUCUAUGAUCGGCGGCGCGGGAUGCCAGCCAAACACUGCAAACACAAAAAAUUAAAGGACUUAGGUGACCACGAACCGUCAUGGCUUACUAUCCUGUAGAUUACUCUACGUUGCAGAAUAUCUCUAAAAGAAAUAUAAUUCCUUCGAAUACAUUGCGAUGUCUAGUCAAUUCUUAUGUCCUCGAUGUCUUUUCGGCUCCGGCUUGUCCGUAGUUGCAAAAAAUCAGGUCUCUAUAUACAAGGGGUCCUUCGAUAUCGAUCCCAAAGAAAUACAAUGAAAUUACUAGAGCCAAUUCGUUAU